UGCCUUUUAGGUUCAUCCACUUUUCUGAUGUUGAAAUGAUAUUUAUUGACACAUUACCUCCAAAAUAUGCUUUAUGUAAGUCACUCUCAAGUCUCUGCUCACAUGUCCGUUUUCAGUUGCAAGCACUCCCCUCCUCCAUUCUGUGCCUGCUCUUUUCAUUCCUUUUAGACCCACGCCCAUUCUGAACAUGUGGGUUACUUUACCUCUGUGUGUGUGUGUGUGGGGUUGCAUCUCCAGUCUCCAGAAGAGUCUGCUGCCACUGACAACAAGUCAGUAUUGUUGAAUGACACAGAAUCACCUGAGAGACUGUGCUCUACUCAGAACAGGAUUGUCACCUUGUGACAUUUAUAACUUGCUUACAACAAAUAGUUUCAGUGUUAUAAACACAAGUUUUUACUUUUCUGAAGGUUCUAACAACUUAAUGAAAAAUUGAAAACCUGUGUUUUUGAUAUCAAUUGAAGAUAAUUUUUUAUUCUUUUGACAGAAACCAUGAAAAGUGGAUUGUUUAUUUUGUUAUAUACCAGAUACAAUAGGAGCUCACCUUUUAUCUCUCUUCAGCUCUUUGAUUAUUUCUUUUUUUUUUUAAUUAGGUAUUUAUUUCAUUUACAUUUCCAGUGCUAUCCCAAAAGUCCCCCACACGCUCCCCUACCCACCCACUCCCACUUCUUGGCCCUGGCAUUCCCCUGUACUGGGGCAUAUAAAUUUUGUGUGUCCAAUGGGCCUCUCUUUCCAGUGAUGGCCGACUAGGCCAUCUUUUGAUAUAUAUGCAGCUAGAGUCAAGAGCUCCGGGGUACUGGUUAGUUCAUAAUGUUGUUCCACCUAUAGGGUUGCAGAUCCCUUUAGCUCCUUGGGUACUUUCUCUAGCUCCUCCAUUGGGGGCCGUGUGACCCAUCCAAUAGCUGACUGUGAGCAUCCACUUCUGUGUUUGCUAGGCCCCGGCAUAGUCUCACAAGAGACAGCUAUACCUGGGUCCUUUCAGCAAAAUCUUGCUAGUGUAUGCAAUGGUGUCAGCAUUUGGAAGCUGAUUAUGGGGUGGAUCCCUGGAUAUGGCAGUCUCUAGAUGGUCCAGCCUUUCGUCUCAGCUCCAAACUUUGUCUCUGUAACUCCUUCCAUGGGUGCUUUGUUCCCAAUUCUAAGAAGGGGCAAAGUGUCCACACUUUGGUCUUCAUUCUUCUUCAGUUUCAUUUGUUUAUGAAAUUGUAUCUUAUAUCUUGGGUAUUCUAAGUUUGUGGGCUAAUAUCUACUUACCAGUGAGUACAUAUUGUGUGAGUUCUUUUGUGAUUGGGUUACCUCACUCAGGAUGGUGCCCUCCAGGUCCAUCCAUUUACCUAGGAAUUUCAUAAAUUCAUUCUUUUUAAUAGCUGAGUAGUACUCCAUUGUGUAAAUGUACCACAUUUUCUGAAUCCAUUCCUCUGUUGAGGGGCAUUUCUGUAUUAGCUUUGAGAGUUCUGUAUUUUUCUAUAUGUUUUUGUAGUACGUUUUAGAGCUAGAGUAUUUUCUAUAAUAAUUUAGUGGCUUCUAAAUUUUACUUUCAAUUUUUCUGGAAGCUUUAAAAAAAUCUCAGUGUUCAGGUUACAACUUAUGCCAGUUAAAUCGUAACACCUGGGCACAGACACAGGUGUGAGUUUCCUGAAAGAUCCCCUGUGGUUGCAGUGUGAAGCAGAGUUUUGGAACCAAAGUAGUAACUCCAUUUGAAAUGCAAUUGACAAGUCACCAGACAGAGCCCUCCAGAAAGACUAAGUCUUGGCUUUUGAGACUUGUCAUUCAGGGCCUGACUAGGCUCACAGACUUAAAGAUGGAAUGGGAGCGUCACAGUGCUGUUUGUGUAGCUGUGGCGCUGCGUUUACCACGUAGCUCAGUUCCCUCGCUGCAGCCAUAACCCAGUCUCUUGGCACUUAAUGUGUCCGUUCUGGAGCGAGAGCAGAGAGAGGGUACUCUGGUUUGGAAGACUCCCUCUUCCUCCCGGGCAGUACAGCUGAAAGCUGUGUCUGUCCCGUCCACGUGCUGCUGCUCCAGCACUCGGGUGCAGUAGCUGCACAGCAAAGAAAUGGCCUUUUCUAAUUCCAGACCUGUUUCUGAGGAACACUGCAGUGGUCAAACACUCAAAUACCUAUAGGUUCCUGAUACUGCCUGUCAAUAAAAGACGGUCUAAAGGGAGUAGCCAUGAUUCAGCUGUUGUGAAAUUGUCACACAAGUUGCUAGAUGUUAAAAAUUUAGAAGAGAAAAACAAACAUAUUACUAAGUUUUGUCAUUAUAAUGACAAAUACCCGAGGAAGACAAAUUUUAUAAAGAAAAGAUUCAUUUAGUGCACAUUGAAAGUACCUCAUGGUCCAGAUGACAGGAUAUGGGAAGGCUUCCUUACCUCCAUCAGUCUUUACCUCCCGGAUGUCAUUUUCUACACAGCCCUCUCCAGAAUUGUCCAUAAGGCUCUGCUUACAGAGUUACAGGCUUCGCUACGUUGUUCUUUCAAACUCUUCCAGAAGCCUGGUUCAUGCAUUUGUUCAUUCCUUCCUUCCUUCCUUCUUUCUUUCCUUCCUUCCCUCCUCCUCCUCUUCACUAUUAUUAUUAUUAUUGUUAUUAUAAUGUAUGUAUAGCUCUGGUUAUCCUGAAACUUGUUCUAUAGACCAGGCUGGCCUUGAACUCAGAGACCCUGCCUCUGUGUCCUAGUGCUGGAAUUUAAGGAUUGUGCUACCACCAAAACAAAGAAGAGAAAAGAAGAGAGUAUCUCGUUCACUCUGUGGCCAUCUCUCCAGUCUGCGUUAGGACACUCUCCCCACUACUGACAGAACAAGAGGAUUCUUUUUAACACUUAGAAGGUUUUGCUUUGUAAUACUGCGUCACAGUUCUUAGGUUACAGAUCUGGGGUAGACUUGACUGCCCUGCAUGCUGGAGUUUGCUAAACUACUCACUUGGGCCCCAGCAUCUUAAACUGUGGGUCCUGCAACUGAAUGUGGGGGUCAUGAAAACUUAAGCUACAGUAAAAGAUUUCUGAAAUGCAAAAUUUAAUUCUAAAUCAAAUGAAUGAUGAAUCUGCAUCUCUGUAGCAACUGCCUCUACUGAGCUGUGGGUGACCUCACUGAGUUCUAAAUGCAGUGCCUCCAUGUAUGUGUGUGUGCGUGUGUGUGUGUGUGCGCGUGCGUGCAUGUGCGUGUGUGUGUGUUAUAAAUGCUACCUGAAACACCCAGGCUCAUAACUCAUAAUCAUGACAUGUUAUUAUAUGUAUGAAUUUUAGGUUUUUUUAAAUUGUACAUACAAAGUUUUCUUCUUUUUUUUUAAGAUUUAUUUAUUAUUAUAUCUAAGUGCACUGUAGCUGUCUUCAGAUGCACAAGAAGAGGACAUCAGAUUUCUUUACAGAUGGUUGUGAGCCACCAUGUGGUUGCUGGGAUUUGAACUCAGGACCUUCAGAAGAGCAGCCAGUGCUCUUAACCGCUGAGCCAUCUCUCCAGCCCAAAGUUUUCUUCUUAAAGUCUUCUAUGAGGAAACAAUAAAGAAAACAAGGACUUAAUAUUCUUCUACCAUAUUUCUCUUACUGGAAUGUUGGAUUGUAAGCAUUGCUGUUUGAAGAGCUGGGUGAGAUGGUACCUGUCUGUAAUCCUAGCAUGCAGGAAGCAGAAGCAGAGGCACCAGCCAUAAAUUCAAGGCCAGCCUGGUCUGCAGAGUGAGUUUCAGACCAGCCUGGUCUGCAUAGUGAGUUUUGGGCAAGCCAGAGUUAUAUAUCAAGAUGUGUCUCAAGAAAAAAAAAAAAACUUUUUUUUGGCUUGAACUUCUGACUGGGGUUUUAUUUUAAAACUUGUUAGAUGUUGUUUACCUCAGCAUUAUGGCAGAAUUUUCAAUAAUUCCUGAAAUGGCUGUAAUGUCUUGCUGCUAGUUUGUCCUUUGUAUUUAUGCGCCUCUGUUUUCAGCCCUGAAAAUUUAAGAUCAAGACAUUAAUCAACUCUGCAAAACAUUUAAAAGCUUUCUCUUUUGCAUUAUCAAAUAUUCAUCAAAGAUUUCUUUAUGUAAAAACAAAUAAGCACAAGUAUUAUGGUAUGAAGUUCUUUAAAUGUCAAAAUCAUGUGUAAAUCAUUGUUCUAAAACAAUUUAUGGUUCAUCAAUAAUGUUUGAUUUGUAGACUUACUUACCUGGAUAGCUGGGAUCAUGUGAAACUUCUCUGGUGAAAGGUUACAAGUGUGACAAGAGCGGGAGCUGUGGGAGCUCUGCAACAAGUGCAACCUGAUGAGGCCGAAGCGCUCCCACCACUGCAGCCGCUGCGGCCACUGCGUCAGGAGGAUGGACCAUCACUGUCCUUGGAUAAACAAUUGUGUGGGUGAAGACAACCAUUGGCUCUUUCUGCAGUUGUGUUUCUACACUGAGCUGCUUACUUGCUACGCACUGAUGUUUUCUUUCUGCCAUUAUUAUUAUUUUCUUCCACUAAAAAAGCGUAACUUGGAUCUCUUUGUUGUUCGCCAUGAGCUGGCUAUCAUGAGACUAGCUGCCUUCAUGGGCAUCACUAUGUUAGUUGGAAUAACUGGACUCUUCUAUACACAACUGAUUGGCAUCAUCACAGAUACAACAUCUAUUGAAAAAAUGUCAAAUUGUUGUGAAGAAAUAUCGCGGCCCCGAAAGCCAUGGCAGCAGACCUUCUCAGAAGUUUUUGGCACUCGUUGGAAGAUCCUGUGGUUCAUUCCUUUCAGGCAGCGGCAACCACUGCGAGUUCCCUACCACUUUGCCAAUCACGUCUAAACAGAUGGAUGGUGGGCACAGAUGGGUCCUCCAUGCUGGAAAUGCGUUACAGGUUUUAUGAGAAUAGAACUAUGACAGUCUUCAAGUCAAUUAAAAUCCACCUACCAAUCUUAGGCAUCAUAAUGUGCCCCAGGCUUCAUUUUAAUAGUGAUCUUGAUCCUGUUGUGGGACUAAUACAAGAUCUAUAUUUAAGUUUUAAAAGCAUGUUUACUUUUAAAUUAGCCUUCCACCAGGGUUUCUUUAAAUGCGUUUGUUACUAAACUCAGAAGGCAGUGAUUGGGAUGAAACAAUUGUACAUACAUUUUCUUCAGUACUCAAAGUUUUUUAAAUUUUAAUUUAUAGGAAAUUUGACAUGUUUUAUGUUUACCUUUAAGCAGUCCUAACCAAAUCUGAAUUUAAUUCUUCAAGUUUACAAAACUGGAUACACUUUGUUAUGUAUAAGUUAAAAUGUUACUACUUGCUUUUAUAUGUGCUGUAGGCUUUUACAGUGCAGUGAGCAACAAGGGGCAGUGCCUGGCUAGGAGCAGCUCUCUGAUGCCCUUCUUUCUCCUUCUCAAAACCACAGACGACUCCCCGAGUGUAGUGCACCAACUACUACCUUACUGUGAGGGAAAAACUAUGUUUCCCUUCUGCUGCAAUCACUGAUUGCUUUUAGAAUAUUUGCUCCCAGGAGAAAUGUGUGACCAGUCAGGUUUAUAUUCCUGUUUUACCCUAAGAUUCUAAUGACUGAAGAGGGUAGGAAGUUUGCAAUAAUUCCAGUUACUUCUUCAAGUGCAGUUAUAUUAGAAAGCAGAUGUUUUAAAGUGCUAAGCUGAAUGGUGUGUAACAGUGUAAGGAGGAGAACUGUGCUUUUAAAGUAUGGAUACUUUUAUUUAUCUGCCAUUAGAUCUCACUGUACACAUUGAAGAUUUAUAUAUUAUAGAAUCGAUACUGGUCAACUCAUAUCAAAGUGUAAAAGUGGGUCACUAAAUUUAUAUACCAGUAAUCACCCAAGUUGAAAUUGAAUUUCCACUUGUAAUUCGCAUCACUCUAGAGACCUUUUAUUAAUGUCAGGAAAUUACUGUAAAAUAGAAUGAUCUAUGGUAGUGAUGGUCUCUUAACAAACAUGAGCCUUUUGUAUACAAAGACAUUUUGUAUGAUUUAAUUUUUUUCAUUUAGAAUACUGCAAUUCCAUAUGUUUGUGUGCUUAGUAAUCUUUUCCCUGAAAAGAGUAUUGAACAAAUCUACCAUUUGUGAACCAUCUACAUACUUUUCUUAUAAGUAGUUGUAAAGUAAGGAAUCAUAGCUGGGAAAUACUGUGGCUAGUUCUUUCAGAUACUGUAAAUGUCUUAUAAAAUAUUCUGAAUAGAAUAAUCUCUUUGCAGAAAUAUUAAUACCAUAUUUUCAUGUUCUAAUUAUGUUUAUUUAAAAACUUAGAAGUGGCAGAUGAAAAUAUUUAUUGGUGCUAAGACAUAUAGUAAGUUUAAUAUAAGAAACAUUUAUAAAGGUUAGGAAACAUAAAAUUAGUAUGUUUUAGUAAGGGCGAAGGGGUUGGGUUUUGUGUAAGCUGAUUGACUAACUUGGCCAAUGACAGUUACUGAAGGAAGUGGUGUACAUAGACUGUUGGGAGGUAGAAGUUGAAUGCCUUCAGCUGUAUAUAUUCAGUUCACUCAAGACCUGGAGCAUCCAAAGCAGAGCCAAACGAAAGCCCAGCGUGGAGCUUUGUAAACUGCUUUAUACUUCUGGAGCAGUAGUAGCUCUGACACAAGGUAACGGGCGUGAUCCCUUCCCCAUGCUGGAGUUCGUGGGUUUGGUCUGCUUACAUGUACCACUUCUGGGCACAUUAUCUACCCUUUCUCUUUACUCUCCCUGGUCCUGACCCCUCUCUGCAGUUUCCUAACUAGUCAUUGUACUUGAUGCACUAGUUUGAUCUACAGAAAUGCUGUUAUUGAUGUAUUUACAUAAGAAUCUAUAUUGCAGUAUAUCUAUAUAUACUUACAUAGUAUUGUUAAAUGUAUAUGUCUAACCCCCGGAGGGGUUUGUAAUCACUCUAAAGAUUCCUAGAGAAAAACCUGUUGGCCAUUUCCUAGGGAUUAAGCUCCUAUGUUCUUUCUGCGCCCUCUUUUGGCUAAUUGAUGUAAUUAUCCUGGCUCUUGAGGUUUUUACUAUCCUGUUAGUGGGUUGUAUAGCCAAUCUGUGAACAUGCCAGAGGUAUACAUGCCAGUGUAUACUUAUAGGAACAUAUGUAUAAAAGUGUAAAGUUUUAUAAAAAUUGAAAAUGAAUGUGUUAUUGUUGGUGAUGUUCCUUCUUGGUAAACUGCCUGGCUUCAUGUAUGUAUAUUCUUGUACACUUUUUACUGUCAGUCACAAAUUUCGAUUAGUUUAAGCUGUUUCAUGUAUUUUACUUUAAACCUUAUUUUGGCAACUUAUCUUGUUAGCAUUAUAAAAACUUACUUAAAAUACUAUUUUACUACAAAACAAAACAUUUAUUACAGUUGCUGUGGUAACUGUUAUUCGGUAUGUUUUACUAUUUUAAAAAGUACAUUUAAUUUUUUCAAUUCAAUUUUGGGAUUGUCCCCUUCCACACACACACAAAGGUUCAAUUACCUUAAAAUAAUUAGUAAUUGGUUAAUAAUAUUAUUUUUCUUUGCUUUUUAAAACGCUUGUCAAUGAGAGUUAACCCUGUAGAUUAUUCAAUAGCCUCUUUAUUUGUCCCUCUCAGUAACCAUGGGAAUAACUACCCAUGUGGGGUCUCAGGAAGCGAUGGAGCAAGGGCAACCCCUUCAUAUCUACAGUGCAUUGAAGUAUUUAUAAGCUUCCUGUUUAAUUUUAGCAAAAUGUGUGUUAAGUGACAUUUUUACAUUAGCAAAGUCACCUCAUGGGAUCCUGCAGUUAAAGUGUUAAGACGAGGCUGCAGAUACUUGGUAAACAAUUAGAAUUGGGCACGCAAGGUGGCUCCAUACAGAAAGGCAUUUGCUGUACACGGACCCACUUAGGUGAAGAAGGGGAAAAAAGCUCCUGGCUUCAUAGAGUUGUCCGCUGACCUCCACAAACAUGCCUUGUCAGUCACGCCCCUCCCCAUCAUCAUUGUUCAUUCAUCGCCUCACACACAGCACACACAAACGUUUCUGAUAUCCAAUUGGAUAAGCUUGAUGUAGGUAACAAAGGGCUGGGUUCAGAAUCUCCUAAGCAUUAAACAGUCUACUAAGGAGUCUUUGUUACCAGGCUUCCAUUUCAGAUUACUAAGCUAGCUGAUGUUACAUGAAAAUAAAAACCUAUUUUGUUUUAUAAUUUAUAUUUAAAAUGUUUUAGUUAACAUAAAAGCCAUUUAAAUUUGUAGCUAACAUAAGAUCCUGUUUUUCAGAAGACAAUUUACUUUUAAUAGUAAUAAAGUAGGGGCUGAUGUGUACCUCAAAAAUUAUAGUGCACAAGAUGCCCAGGAUUUAAUGCCAAGAACCAGGAAAAGACAAGAAGAGGAUGUAGACAGUAGCUACACACUAGAUGCAGAAGAGCUGAGUUGAACAUCUCAGAACGUUUCAUUAAUGUGCAGAAGUGGUUCCAUGAAGGACGGUGGCUCAUUCCAGCUAUUCUUAAUGAGACUUUGGGUUAUUUUCCUACAAGCAACUGUUUUGCUCGAGAGAUGUAUUAGUUCUAAACAGUAAUCACAAAGACUAAAAUUAAGAACACACUUCCUAACGGGAGAUACAAAUGAAUUUAGAUGAAAGCCACAUAGUUUUUGUGUUAGUUCAUGUGUAGUUUGAAUGUUCUUACAUGUAUUGCUAAAAAAGAAAAAAAAAUCACAAUUUGUCUUGCAGUGGCUUAAUAUGGCACUAAUAUUCAUUAGCUCUAUACUAAUUUCUGUCUAGACUGUCUGUUCUCUGGGUAGUUCUAUUGUAUGACUUGUAUCAGUAAGUAGAUAGCCUAGCUACAGUUCACUAAACUAUAGUACUUCAUUAUGUACAUUUUUGACAUAACCUCUACUAUACAUACAUAUAUUGGGAAUUUAUUACAAACAUUAUAUCAUUUAGUAAUAGUUAAAACAUUAGACUUUCAUCCACCUCUACUAGUGCUUUGAAAAUCACAAAUAUUGGCAAAUGUAGUUAGUAAGUCCUGUAAACUUAGUGUGUUCUAUUGUUAGCAUUAUCGACCAUGUAAUUAAUGAGUGAGAAUACGAUUCAGUACUCACAUUGCUACUGUCUUCUGUUGUAGGUACCAUGCUCGGAGCUUGCUUACAAAUAAAAAUUUUAGUAUAAUUUAUAUUUAGCUGUUCUUAGAGUCUACAAUAUUUUACAGUAGAACAUGGGAAAGUAUUAGAAGCUGUUUACAUGAAGUCCUUUAUACCAGUAUUGUCACCGACUAAAUGAACCAAUAGUUAGCAUUUCUGCUACCUUUCUGAUGGUGAUGACUUAACUUCAAGAAGUGGCUUUUCUCACUUCUUCCAUUAUCUUUAUGCAUUUUUUAAACAAAAUUUAUUUUUAAAAGCCAUUUUGUUAAAACCAACAAUAUUUUGUGAGUUCUUUAGAUGUGGCAAUAUUAUCUGCUAGUGAUAAUUUGUAGCAAGUUAUCAUUAUUAUUAUUAUUUGGAGACAGGGUUUUACUGGCUUUGCACUCAGAGUCCUCCUACGUUUGCCUCCCACAUUCUGGGGUUAUAGGCAUAUGCUGCUGUGCCUGGCUCAGUGCUUAAAACUCUUAAGUCAUUGGUAAUACUGAUUUUUCAUUAUCAUAUCUUUUACUAUAUUACAGCUUUCCCCUGUAUCUACCCUAGAGUUCAGGUACCAAUGAGUAAUGAGUAUCUAAAAACUAGAUUAAGAACAUUGGGGACGUUAGUAAGAUGGAGUGAAGGCUAAGUGGACAGAAAUAGCCAGCAUCUGAAAAGAGCUGACUAGAGACAGCUGUGAUAGCCAGCACUGUCGCUGACGCCACGUCACUGUAGAGGUACCUGCACAGCCAUUGUGGGAAGCAUUUGGUUUGAGCUGUUUGAUCUCCACUUAAUGUUCUUUCUCCUUAGCUGGCCAGAUGCUCUUGAGAGAUUAUUUUUGAUUUCAGAUAAUUGUGUAGGAUAAGUUAAAUUCAAGCAUUUUUAGCAUGCACAUGUUAAAAAUAACAUAGAAGUGUAGCUGUAAUACAAAGGAGAAGUGAUUGCUUGCCCAAAGUUUGAAAAGAUCUGGAACCUGUCUGAGGAGUCUUUUGGCAAAGAAAUACUGAGUCACCAGAGAAAAUCAACGACUCAGUUAUGAAGGAAGGGAUCUGUUGGGCUUCGUGAGACCCUAGAGGUCUUCAUUUCUGAAGCCCUUCAUUUCCUCAUGUGUAAAAGUAGUGUUUCCCAUAGUUGCUCAACUGUGUAAUUAACUAAUUGCACGUAUAAAACCUAGUUUUCAUCUCACUAGCUUUAUAGGGAAAGAUGUAGCCCGAGCUUCCGGGGCCACAGGCAUGCCUCCUCUGGGCUUUGCUUGCCUGUUUCACUCAGCACAGGGUCUGGUUGUUUGUAGGCUGUCGGUUAGAGGGAAGAUGCAUCUGCAUACUGAUAGCUCUGUGUCCACACCAGUGUGGAUGGGUGAUAUUUUAACCUACUCGUGCCUGAAAUUAGUGUUUUACAACCUGAACAAUUAAAACAUCCUGGUGCUAUUCACUUUAUCAUUGAGUUACAUUUUUAAUUCUUGAACCAAAGAAUUAGUUUUCUUUUUGGUUGACUGAGAGCUUCUCACAUCUGUGUCUGAAGAAGUGAACAGUCUAUUGACAGCUUAAUUUCAGCAGAGUCAAUUGUGAAUGAAUCUUAGUUAGACUUAUUUUUUUCUGUUAUGCAUAUUAGUGUGGGCUUUAAUUUUGUACUUUAAUGUAACAUGGCUACUAUAUAAGGUAUUUUAAUAGGCUGAAGCUACUAAAGAUUAUUGAAUCACUUUUCAAAAGUCUCACCAACCCCCCUUGGUCUUACUUCAGCAGUGAAGAAAAAUUAUCUCUAUAAGCAAAGUAUUCUAUUGGAUACUUUUAAUGACUGCUCAACCAAAUGCUAAAAUAAAGGGCAAAUAAUAGGUCCAUUUUACAUUACAAGUCAAGAAUUUAGUACCUCUGUGUGGGGGCAGGGUAUAAACCUUAAUGGCUUUAAAUAAUGAUACAGGUAUUUACCUAAUGAGAAUGAAAUUAAAGGACACUUUUAAAAACAUAAAAGUCACAAACACAUGCACACACACACACACACACACGCACACGCACACGCACACGCACACACUUUCCCAGUAGGAAGUCCAAAGGUACGUUGACUUGAGCAAACACCCUGGCAGUUGAACUUCACAUCAGAAGCAGUUUGGGUGCUGCUGCUCAGCAUCCGUGAAAAUUAGUCAGAUUAUGUAACUGGCAGACUGCAGUCCUCUGGAUGGACUUGUCCAGGUGUCUGCUGCUGCUUACGAUUGGCUUCUCUGUUCUUCCUUUGAAGCUCUGCAAACACCAUCAGGGUUUCCUUAAAACAGACGCUGCCCGGCUGAUCACUCAGCCACUCACGGAACCGUGCGGGGGGCUAGGAAGGUAGACAGUCACACUGAAAAUGCUUGUGUCCUUUCCAUUCGCUUCAGUCCGUGUCUCCUUGAGGGUUGAUGCAAUAUAUGGUUUUGCAGUGAAUUCUGAAUGGAAAAAAGAAUCGAUUCUUGAAAGGUGACACGCUCGUGUGCAUAGAUGAGCAAAUAUGAUAGAAAGCAGAGGGAGGGCUGCCCCGGCUCUUGUACCUGUGUUGCCACGGGAUUGUUUCUUAAUAAUUCCACUGCUUGUCCAAGUCUUAAAAGGCAAAGUGAGUCAUUUUUCUCAAGUAGGAAAAGAGAGGAGAGAAUAGGAGAGAGUUUGCCACUGCUUGCUGUCUCCUGGUGUGAUUAUUAAAAAGCAAAGAAAAAAAUCAACAUAGAAUAAAAGCAACUAAUGACACAGAAGGAAGAAAUUCAUCCCAGUCAGAGGUAUAGGAUGAAUGGGUUGUAAGCCCAAGGACAGACAGGAAAACAGAGGGAGCAUGGAGUUAGCCUGGCAAGUUUAAUCACUUGACACACACCUGUGCCAUUCUGAUGCUCCAAGUAUUUGCUGUCUGCUCCAAUUCUCCCAUAUCCCUAAUUGAAAAGCACUGCUUGAGUUUCAAUAAUGGUGUGUACUGUGGGUGCCUAGGAAGACCCUGUCUUAAAACUUGCUGGGUGUGCUUUCAUUCAGCUGGACUGUGUGUAAGUCUGAGGGCCUUGGCCUGCAUCGUCUGCUGUUGUGUUUUGUCUCUUACCCUAGGAAACCCUUCACUAACAUUUCCAGUGCUAGUGGUAAUAAGGAAGAGAGUAGGUCAGAGAACUGUGAGUCCUUUGAGGAGAGGGAGGGACAUACAGGCGGGUGGGAACUGUGAGGUAUACUUAAUUGUUUAGAUGAGACAACGUCUACACUGGUUCUUCUAAUGAAAAUGGACUAUGUAUCUACCUUAAGAACAACAUUGCUUUUAAUUUAUUUUAGUGAUUUUUGUUUUAUUCAUGUAAUAUUCAAUUUUCUUUGCAAAUUGCUUUUAAUUUAAACUGUGGAAUUUUUACUUCUCUUGAAAUGUACUAUGUACUGUAUUUUUAGAAAUCUUAUUUUUAAAUAAAUAUUUUUGAAAAACAUA